CGGCGAGGGAAACAUGGCUGCGCCCAUGCCAGACUCACGUGUGAGUGCGGGGAAGAAACUGAAACAUACUCUGAAGAAGAAGAAGAAAAUGAAAAGGGUAACUCGCGCGGUCGUGUCGGAGCUGGAGGAUGAAGCGGGAGCUGUUUCCGGGAGCGAGGGUUCUGAGGGAAGCUGUGGAUGGGGAGUGGAUCAGUUGUCUGAUGAAGAAGCAGUAGAAGCUGACAAUGAGGAUAAUGUGGAACCCUGUGACAAAGAAAUGGAAAAUGCUGCGGAAUCGAGUACUGGGACUAACACAGGCUGGGCAGAUGCCAUGGCUAGAAUCCUUAACAAAAAAACUCCUAAAAGCAAGUCUACCAUUCUCAUCAGAAACAAAGAUCUAGAGAAGGAGAAAGAAAAGCUAAAGCAAGAAAGAAUAGAGAAAAGAAAACAGCUUGAUAAGAAGCGGGAGUGGGAAAUGAUGUGCAGAGUAAAGCCAGAUGUUGUCAAAGACAAAGAAACAGAAAGAAAUCUUCAGAGAAUUGCAACAAGGGGUGUGGUGCAGCUAUUUAAUGCCGUCCAGAAACAUCAAAAGAAUGUGGAUGAAAAGGUAAAAGAAGCAGGAGGCUCUAUUCGAAAACAAGCUAAGUUGGUAUCUACUGUUUCCAAGAAAGAUUUCAUCAGUGUUCUGAGAGGAAUGGAUGGGAACACAAAUGAGAAGAAUCCCAAAGCCAAACAGAGUGAAGUGAAGUCAGAAGAGGGCCCGGGUUGGACGAUCCUCCGCGAUGACUUCAUGAUGGGAGCAUCUAUGAAAGACUGGGACAAGGAGAGUGAUGGCCCAGAGUGACGGAGACCAGAAUCUGCAAGUGACUCCGACACAUAGCAUAGGACACAAAUGCUUCAUCCUCUGACAGGGAAUUAUAUAGACA